AUGGAGGACCCUCGAAUCCGGGGCUGGGAUAGACAGCUGCACAUGCGACCUGUCAAGACGAGCGACCGGGUCGUGGCGCGUGAGCAGAGUCAAAAAACUGAAACCAAGGCUGCAUCUGUAACUCCCUGUUUGUCCGACCUCACCCUUACCGUCGUUCAGCUUACGAGGCAAAACCAAGAUUGCGUUCUCUUGGCUUCAACUCGACACCGACGUCAACGUCGUCUUCGGGAGCUUCGAGAACGGCAGCAGACAAAUCGUUGUCCCCGGAAGCAUACAAGCACUUUCUCGCCAGACUUGCAUACGCGGAGCGUCUUUGUCGUUGGUGUGGAGCGCAAACCCGUCAUCGAUUCGCCGGAUCGAAGCAUCGUUUCACUUCCGUUUGUCAACGAUCACACCCCUCGCAUUCCUUCCCUUCGACAUACCUCGCAUACAUAG